ACAUCAUCUAAGUAAUGGUGGAAUCGCUUCUGCGUUCUCCUGCGAUGGCGUUAUCCACCAUAAGAUCAAGUUUCUUCAUCAGCCGCCGCUCAAUCGUCACAUCUCAUCAACUCCUCAAUCUUCGUGACACUGUUACCAGAACACCUCUUCUAUUAUCAUCCAUCUCUAAGAACCAACCGCUCCAGAUGAUGAUGAUUAGGCGUUACCGCGGCGGCGAUUCUCUCACAUCUAGCCGUAACUUGAUCCGUUUCAACACCAUAAGAACAUUAUCUCAACUCAAUGAUUCCGCCGGCCCUAUCGAUUCUCCUUUGAUACUAUCAAUGGAGAAGAAGAUAAAAGAGCAGCUAAACGCAGAAUCUGUAGUUGUGAACGAUGCGUAUGGUGAUGGACGACACGUUAGUAUCGAUGUAAUUUCAUCAGCUUUCGAAGGACAAUCUAUGGUAAACAGACAGAGGAUGGUUUACAAGGCUAUUUGGGAGGAAUUGCAGAACAUUGUUCAUGCUGUUGACAAGAUGACAACCAAAACACCUGUUGAAGCUGAUGCUGAGAAGUGAAAAAGCAUAAUUAUGAGGAAAAACCCUAAAUUUGUUUUUUCUUGUUUUGGUUUUACAUUGAAUUGGUUAAUUGAAUGAUGAUUAUUCUUGUUGCUCUUAAUUAAGUUCUCAAACUAUGGAUUAAAUGUAACUUUACUUCUUAAGGGGGUCAAUUUGAAAGCACAUUUGAUUUA